UUAAACUAGUCUGCUUUAGCUUUCAGUUUGAGGGAUAGUGGAGCUAUCGCACACCAAAAUGGUCUUUAUUUUCUGUCAGGCCUGGGGGACAUCUAGUCAUGCAAAUGAAUGCUGGUUCAGCCACAGCCUUCUACUUAUGCUGUAUGUUAAGCAACACCACCAACAAAAACAACCAAAUAAACCCUCUGAAUAGUAAUUAUUUGUUUCUGCAGUGGUUUGUUUUUUUCCAAGUUGCUUUUCUCAACACAGACGAAACAGCACCAACCAGUAAAUCUCAAUUCUGGCUCUUGCAGGUUAAGAAAGCGUACCGGCAGAAGGCCCUGACUUGUCACCCAGAUAAGAACCCGGACAAUCCCAGAGCAGCGGAAGUCUUCCACCAACUGUCUCAGGCCUUAGCCGUGCUAACAGAUGCAGCAGCGAGGGCGGCGUAUGACAGAGUGAGAAAGGCAAAGAAGCAGGCUGCAGAAAGGACACAAAAACUUGAUGAGAAGCGAAAGAAAGUAAAGCUUGAUCUUGAAGCCAGAGAGCGAGAAGCCCAGACCCGUGAGAGUGAAGAGGAGGAGAUCAGGAUAACAAGAACAUUAGAACAAGAAAUAAUACGCCUGCGUGAAGAAGGUUCCCGUCAGCUUGAGGAGCAGCAGAGACUCAUUCAGGAACAGAUCCGGCUGGAAAGGGAGCAGCAUGUCCAAGGCAGGCAAGAAAGCAAUGGAGCAGAAGGCAAAAUAACUCCUAAACUCAAACUCAAAUGGAAAUGCGGGAAAGAAGAUGAGACAAGAGGGGGAUACUCAAAAGACGUUCUGUUGCAGAUCCUGCAAAAGUAUGGCGAUGUGCUCAAUUUGUUGAUCUCCAGCAGGAAGACAGGGAGUGCAGUUGUGGAAUUUGCUACGGUUAAGGCUGCUGAGAUGGCUGUGAAGAAUGAAGUUGGCCUGAUAAAUAAUCCUCUGAAGAUUUCCUGGUUGGAGGGCCAGCCCCGGAACAAUCCCAGUUCUGUCCUUUCUGACAGCACUAGUCAGCCUAGGACUUCACAGGCCUCAGUGGUGUCGGAGCGGGAUUACGAGAGCCUGGUGAUGAUGCGGCUGCGCCAGGCAGCAGAGAGGCAGCAGCUGAUCGAGCAGCUCAAGCAGGAGGAUGAGGAGGGGUCUCACACCUAGCCUGAGAGAGGAUGGAUUCUCCCCACCCCAUCAUUCUUCGUUUCCAACGCUCACUCUUAAUUUAAGUCAAUAAACCUCCUUUUUU